AUGACGGUCAGUCUAGUGAUGCAGAACCGCCGGAGCAAAGUCUCGGGGAAACCGCCACUGCGUUUGCCCAUCAUCGCCCCCAAGGAAGAUCUGUUUGCAGAGCUUGUCAAAUCUGAUAAACUCAUCGCGCCACCACGCAUUCGCCUGCCUCCCCGGUCUCGGACGGGUUGUUGGACAUGUCGAAGCCGGAAAGUCAAAUGUGAUGAAGGACACCCACAAUGCAAUCAAUGUACCCGUCUGGGCCACACAUGCGAUUACCGCCCCCGCUUGGCGUUUCGUGAUGACACCCCCCGCAUUAAGGGCCGCAUGGCCGAUGUUCAGACCAACGGCCACAUUGUUUGGGAUCUUACUUCACCAAGUUCCGCGGGCGUGGACGAGAGAACGGACUAUUUCUCUCUCGGGGAUUCUCUGCCGCCCUUUUCUACCCUCACUUCCGACGAAGACCGGGAAAGAAAGGCAGAGGCCUUCAGCCCGGGCACCUAUCAUGUCGUAAUGACCCCAGACAGUUUCUCAUCGCUGCCUGAGUAUGCAGAGGAUGAGAGAUGCAGAUCCAAGCCAGCGAGCGAAUGUAGAAGCUCUGUAGCGAACAGUCCCACGUCGGUUGUCCGCAGUGAAUGCAGUACGAGAGAAGAUCCAAACGUCGUCAUCCUGAAGACCUUUGAGGAUGUUACUCGCCGCUCACCGUCAAACGGCAAGCUGAACAAGUUCUCGCCCACCUCGGAAAUAUCCGAUCCAUUCUGCAAUCUCUCGCUCUCACCGAUCUUCCCUUCCCUUCCCUCGCCAGGCGUGAAGAUCGAGGACGUUCCAUGUUUGAGCUCGCGCCUCGAUCAGCAAUCACAAGACUCCACCCUUUUCUCGCACUUCCGCCAUGUUGUAUGGAGACAGCUUUUUCCUCACGACCACAGCCUUGAUGAUUCAUGUGGAUCUGAUAGCCACUUCAUGACCCUCAGUGUAGACUUCCUCGAGCAGGAAGCCACACGCUUCCCUCCUCUCUCCCAUGCUAUGAUGGCUGUAUCAGCCCUUAGUCUCUCCCACAGCGGCACAGGUCACAAUGUCGAUGCGCUCCAAUACUAUCAGCAAGCAUUCCCAUCACUCCAAAGCAGUCUGCGAAACAACGAUGAUCUUGUUUCCGACGGACUGUUCCUCACACACUUCCUUCUUCUUAUAUACGAAAUCGCAGCUGCGGAGCCGCAUGGAUCAAAUCUAUGGUCUCAUCACAUCUCUCGUCUCCUUCAUAUUGCAUUCCUGCGACGAGACAAGUAUGGUCAAGAACCCCACCCUUUCAUCCUUUGGUGGGUGUCACAUAUCGACCUGUAUGCUCUGUUUAGUGGAGCAGGCACAGGAGAGUUUGUCCGCGCCGUCAUCGACCACCAGAUGCUCCCUGGAUCAGAGUCGCUACUCUACCCAAAUGCGCCAGAGGGCUACAGUGUAAUCUACGCCGACGAACACGACAGCCUACCGGUCAUCAUGCGUCUAUACCACGAUACAUUCCGACUAGCUGCCCAACUUGGCCUCUUGGCCACUCGAGUGCGUCAAGAUAAGCAGAACAUGCCUUACGCCGAGUUCAACCCACGAUCUCAAGAGAUAAGUGAUAUUCGCCAAGCGCUCAGCAGACUCUGGGAAUCUGCCGAUGUUGCAUUCCUGCACCAACAUCAAGAUAGCCUUCCCCGUCGGUCUAGGGAGUUCAUGCAACAAGUCACCACGCUAUAUCACACCUGUCAACUCUUCUCCUACAGCAGCAUGUGGCCUCGCCAGCGUGUCGAGUCAGAAUACUCCUCCGAUGGAGAAAUUGACCACCAUGCAGGCGAGAUUCUACGCCUGGCUGAGCGAACUACACACACUCGCCGUGCUGAUCGUCACUUUUUGGUGUUCCCCCUUUUCUUGGCUGGUGCUACGGCUUCGGCUAGUGGUAUCAAGAUGAUGGCGAUGGAAUUAAUGACUAGUAUGGAGGACGAGGAAGAUGGCAUGGGUCGCAAUGCUGCGACUACCCGUGCCAUCCUUCAGAUCGUCUAUGAGCGGCAGUUGGAGCGGCUCAUGCGUGUCGGACACACGUUCGACGUGGAUUGGUCUGAUUUGAUGGCCCACGAGGGUCUCCAGAUGGUCAAUUUCGGGUUUUAA